AUGUCUCAUAAUUUUACGAUCAACGUAACUUCCCCGAUGAGAUAUCAAACUCCAAAUUUUUCUGUGUUCACCCCACUAAUUAACCUUCCAUUUCCACCCACCAUUAAGGCCGCUGAGAUUGUUGAUAGAAGAAAAUCCUCACAAUUAACUAUGAAAAGCCCAAACGCCUUUUUUAUUUACCGCAAGGCUUUUCUAGACCAUCUUUCCGAAACUUAUAAAGAUCUUAAGAUGACCGAUGUCUCUAAAUUGGUUGGAAUUUGUUGGAGAAAUGAACCAGAAGUUGUUAAAGAAGAAUAUAGAAAACUUUCCAAACAAGUCGAGAUUGAAUUAAAUAAUAAACGUCAAAAGAAUGUUUCAUUUCGUAGAGUUGUUUGGAAAAAUUCAAAACUUAGUGAUCUUUCUUAUUCGUCUAAUCAAUUUGUAUUUUAUGAAUUUAUUCCAAAUCCUUCUCAGAAUAGUUUUGAUUCAACUUCUGAUACACCUUCUGUUUCAGCUCCUAUAACAACUCCAUCAACCGAAAAUACUACACCAUUUUUUUUAAGUCCAGUUCCGAACGUGAAUUAUUCGUUUAAAGAUCAAUUUAAUGUCGUGUCUCAAGACAAUAUGGAUAUUGAAUUAUUACCUGAUAUAAUCCAACACGACAAUAAUGAUAAUUUGGGGUCCGAUAUGUUUGAUCCUUAUUCAAAUCCUUUAUUUGUCUACGAUGUUAUCCAACAGCAAAAUGACAUUGUUGAUCCAGGCAACAAAUUUGGUCUCGAAUUUCCUUAA